AUGUUUACAGAUAAAGUUGCGAAUGUCGUGCAGCGUAUCGAGGAAAAAGGCCGUCCGGAACAAGCACUCAGUAACCUGAUAUCCGAAAUGAAAACAGAAACUAAUGGAAACUCUGUGAGUUUUCUUGAUCAAAUCUUACAAUUAGCAGCGAAUGAAACACCAUUAGAUGAGAAGACGGUUUUACAAAAACUAUACGAAUCCGAUGUACCAUUAGUCGACACGGAAUUAGUUACACAAGCCAUUUCCGCUUCGGAAAAUGAACUUUCAGCUAGUUCAGCACUGGACUUCCUGCAAACACAUUUGGAUGAUUCAGAGGAGACAAUGAAUGCAAUUGAAUUAAUGAAGCUAAGUGAAAAAUUGUCACAUGAAGAUUAUCAACCAUCCGUGAGAGAUAUCGCAACACUACCCUAUGUCAUGGCUUUAUUGUCAUCAGAUUUAGAAGCGAAUGAAAAAGAAAAUAUUCGUGGUUUCCAACGUCUGAUCUCAAACUUAACUAAUGGUAUUAAAAAAUUAGCCGAUUCGAGCUGUGACUGGUCGAAGUUCAUCGAAGAUCUAUGUGCGACAUUGAGUCUACACAUUGAUAAAACAGUUGUCAAUUCAUUAAGAACUGUUUUGACUAUUGUCCUAUUAGUAGAUCGGACAUCUAUCUGCAUCAAUGAAACGUAUAUUACUAUCGUUUCAGCAAUGUUAAAUUUUGGUAAUGAUCGUUGCCGAAGUUUAUCAUCCGAUUUGGAAAAACUAACUGUACAAAGAGAUCCAUUUGAUCUGUUUGAAACAAUCUUAUCAGUUACUUACAAUUGCCGUCGGUUGAAAGCAACACAGGUUACAUGGAUCAAAGUGAUUCGUGAUACAAUGACAACAUUUCGAUCGCCAUCUCAUUCACCAAAAUCGCUCGGCAGUCUCGUUACAAUAUUGGAAGAUUCAUUGCUAGAACAAUUAGGAGUAUCUGAGCAUAAGAAAUUGCAUGAUACUCUCGCAGCGAUCAUAUCCGAUAUGGAAAAAAGCCACAUCCUUGGAGUAAUGCAAAGUGUUUCUGAUCUAUGUGACUUGAUGCAUCCGGAAAAUACCGAACAAAAAGCAAACAGUGUAUUCAUACAAAUCAUUUCGAAUAUCGAUACAGUGGCCAUGACGCAAAUGGAAGUGUUAGAACUAGGUAUUCAGUUAACGACCCGGUUAAAUGAUGGUGGCAACGGACGGAAGACUCUCGAUCAUUUGAAUACAUUACUCGAGUCUUAUCAAAAUUUAAUGCCCGUGAUGAACGGUGAAUUAACUCGAUCCAAUGUGUCAGAAUUAGUUGAACAAACGAUUCAGUGUAUUCCUGACGAAACUAUCAAGGAACUGUUGAGACCAAUUUCAACUGUCUUGCACAGAUUGAGUACCAGUGAACAUAUCACUAUGGGAACUGUUGUUAAUCUUCUAGAUAUCAUUCCAGAUCAACAUUUAUCCGAACAUGUCAAAUGUAUUUUCUCAACGGCACCGGAAAUACUCAAUGGUGACAUCAAGCAGUCGGUGAUGGAAUUAGCACAACAACUAAUUAGUAGCGAACUGGCAGAUGUUAGUGAAAUAAGUCUGAAAACAAUCAUGGAUCAAGGCGUUUCUGCACCAACGAAAGCAUUAAAAUCAAUCUCUGCUCGGCUUCCUGACGGUCUUCGACUUGGAUUCAAUUUCGGCAUCGAACAAUUGUCUUCGACAAAACUCUCGCAAGAACAAAUUGUUAAGGAAGUGUCUAAGCUAUACAAUCAAGACACAGCAAAUGCUUUACAAACUUCAUUUAAUGUGUUGACUGCUUUGAAAACCGACAAAUUGCAAGCAUUGAGAAGUCUUGUAGAAUUGGUACCAGACGAACGUGCAAAAGCAAUCUUCGAUGCUCUCGAGCAUAUCAGCAAACGUGAGUCAUGUGAUAUGCAAGAUGUGAUUAAGACAACAUUAGAACUGGCAUCGAUAAUGGCACCGAAGAAAAUGUCGGAAACAUUCGAAACGAUCGGCAAUGUUUAUGUGAAAAUAGUCAGUCAUCAAGAAAUUGAUGCAAUUAAAGAUGCACUUCGACUUCUGCCAUUUGUUCCGGAACAAGCUCAUCAUGUUAUAGAUUCGUUAACUAAUCUAUCGAAACAAGAGAUAACAGCAGAAAAUGUACUCAGUUGUGCAUUUGAUACAACACUUAACAUCGUUGAUCCGAAAACUGCAAAAGCAUUACGCACUGUACGAAUUGUGAUCGAUCAAGUACAAAACCAUGAUGUACAAGGGGCAGUGCAUUCGAUUGCUAGUGAAUUCUUUCCUGAAUAUGCUACGAGGAUCAAUACUGCGAUGGAAAUCACAAGUUCAAUUACUGAUACAUUGUCGCGAACAAAUGAUCCUUUGCAAGCAUUGGACAGUCUGAUGAAUAAUGAGAAAUUAAAGUCAUAUCUACCAUCGGAAAUUCAAAACGUUUAUGAUAUAGCACAAGAACUACGAAGUAUUAUUGAUAGCAAAGAUAUAGCGAAAGAAGAACUAACUAAACGUGCAUUGCAACUAGGCGCUUCAUUUUUACCACCGGAACACGCCAAGAAAGUCAACGACGUCGUUAAAUUGAUCGAUGCAGUUCGUUCUGAUGACCCACAGAAAAUACUAGAUCAAUCAUUGAACGUUGCUGCAAGUUAUCUUCCACCCGAAAUCAACAAUCAUAUUCAACCAGUGAUACCAAUAAUACGUAAAAAGCUCAACAAUCAAAAGAUCAGCUAUGAAGACGUAAUGGAUGUAGCCGGUUCAUACAUUGGUGGACGAGGACAACAAAUAAUUAACGCUGCUAAACCUUUCGUAUCAGCAUUAAUAAAUGGAAAGCGCUUGUCAGGUGAUCAAUAUCUUGAUCUUCUUGACACUGCCAUGACUACUUUGGGUGUGAAAAAAGAAGUAAUGGACAUAGUACACAAAGCUAAAACCGUAUACAAAAAUGUUCGCCAAAUACAACAAGCCACAUCGGCGCUGAUGAAAGCAACCACAAUAGCAUCGAAAGCAGCGCAGAUUAGUUCAAUAGCAGCAGCUGCCCUGUCAUUGCUGACUGAACUUAUACCCGACUUGCCAGAAGAUGUUAAAACAGCUAUUGAUAUAAUCGCCGGAAUUGCGUUACUCUUAACCGCCACAAAUCCUGUUGGACUCGUACUAGCAGCCAUCGGUCUAGUGUUCUCCCUCUCCAAACUAUUUGGUGGAGGCAAAGGUGGUGGUGGUGGCGGAGGUUCCGGUGGAAAAUCUGGUGGAGCAGGUUCAGGCGGCGCAGGUCAAGGCGGUAAUAGUGGAGGCGCAUCUGGUGGUGGUACCGGUGGAAAAUCUGGUGGAGCAGGCUCAGGCAGUAGUAGUGGAGGAGCAACUAGUGGUGGUACCAGUGGAAAAUCUGGUGGCGCAGGUUCAGGCGGCGCAGGUCAAGGCGGUAAUAGUGGAGGCGCAUCUGGUGGUGGUACCGGUGGAAAAUCUGGUGGAGCAGGCUCAGGCGGUAGUAGUGGAGGAGCAUCUGGUAGUGGUACAGCCGCAGGCGCAAGCUCAGGAAAAAGUAGUGCUGGUGCAAGUGGCGGAAGCUCUUCUCAUGCUACUACGGGCGCAGGUAAAGAUGGUGCUAGUAGUGCCAGUUCUAGCGGCGGCGGAAGUACAAACUCGGGCAAAGGUGGUGCCGGUACAAGUGGCAGUGUAGGUUCAAGUUCUACUGGUGCUACUGGUACAAGUACGGGCAAAGUUAAAACGAGUGAAGGUUCUAUUCAUCCGACAAAGGCAUAUACAAGUAAGGGCGACAGCGGUAGUAGCUACGGUGAAGAUGCACAUUAUCCUGGAGCUGAAGAUACAGGUGAUCCUACUAUUCCGGCGAGUCCACUGUUAAUGGAUGAAAUCGGUUUAGGAGCAAGAGAAGCCGCAAAAAACAAAGUAGAAACACUCGCAUCAGAAGCAGCUACAUUAAACGAAGAAUCAGAAGCACAAGUAUCAAACAUAAUAAAACAGGAUGAAUUGUUAUUACCAGAAACAAUCACAUGUUUGACAACAGCAGCUAAAAUCAACAACAAAAUUCAAGCAACUAUGCAUGCUGUUCAGCAAAUGGCAGCCAACAAUAUGAGAAAAGAAAUAGACAAUCUAGCCAAAACAACUUUACCUAAAGUUAUUCAAACAUCACUACAAUUAUAUCAAUCGUUGGAAUUCAUUGAUUCAUGUUCAGGUGAUGUCAAUGGUCACAUAAGACGAACUUGCCAAGAAAUACAAAGAGAUUUAAUCCAAGUGUUGGAUAAAUUAAGCGAAUCAGAAUCCUUACGUAAAUUAUGCAAACUAAGCAAGAAGAACGAUUUGGCGGCUGACUACGAUAUACCCGAAGACAGCCACGUUUCGGAGUUGAACUAUCAGGGACAAGGCCAGCAACAACAAACAAAUUUGGACAAUAUCAAACAACUCUUAAAAGGAUUCGAAGAUUCAAAAUUUGAGCAAGGCCAAAUAAUGGGUGACCCGUUAUUACAUCAACUGGGUAUUCGGCUCGAUAAUCUUCUAGCAAAUUAUGACAAUGACCUAGCCACUGGUCUCGACGAAACGAGCAAAGAUGGAGACAAAAAAAAAGAUCCUUCUACACCGAUUGCUGAACCUCCAACAACCGCGAAUCGUGAUAUAGUUCUAGAGAUAAACGACGACGGAAUGACGACCAAAGCUGGAUCAGAAAAUGUAACCACAGUCAAAGAUGGUAAUAAAUUUUCUGGAGUGAUCCGCGUUGAUUUUGGUCCAAGUUUAGAUGGAGGCCCAUCACCAGAUAAAAAACGGACGAAACACGACAGUUCAAAAGUCAGCAUUAGCAAGGAACAAUUAGAGACUUUCCAGAAGCGAUCUGCGGACAUGUGCUCUGCUCUUUUACUAUCAGCCAACAAAUAUGAUAUUGGAACCAUCACUGAACAGUGUGAUCCCGAACAUUUACCAGAAACGGCAUUAGAUAAACCCCGUUAUGCUCUACUUGCUCGCAUUACACGAAAUAUACAGUUAAUGUUAUUCACGCGUUUGCGUUCGGCAUUACAAAAACAAUACGGCAAACAACAAACAACACCCAACGAUGAUUUACAAUUCGAAUUCAUUUUCUGUGUGGAUAACAGUGGAAGUAUGAGUGGAAAAAAGAUUCGCGAAGCAUUAAAUACAUUAGUUAUUCUAAUUGAAACAUUUCAUCGUCUCGAAUGGAAAUUCGGCGUUGUUCGAUUCGGUGCGGAACAAAAGAUACUUAAACCCUUGGGACAUGAAUCCAUGUAUAGCACAGUAUCAACGACAAGCUCUACUCAAAGCGUCCAGCAAGCAGCCAUCGCACGGGGACAAUAUAUUCUUGAAUCGUUCACAACCGACGAAAAGACCUUACCAGCAACAGCCUUGAAACAAAUUGCUACGAACAAAGAUCUAUACGGUACUCAAAUUAAACCAAACGUCAAGCGAUAUAUCGUUAUGAUCACUGAUGGUAUUUCAUCUCAAGAUGAAACUGAUAUGUACACGAAUCAAUUACGCCAGGCCAAUGCCGAUCUCUAUGUGGUUUGUAUUAUCCCCGAAAAGCCGAAGGACGACGAUGCAAAAUUUUCCAACGAAUACAAACAAUUUGCCAUUGAACAUGAGAGAAAGGCAAAUGAUUUUAUUCGACGUAUAGCACCUGAACGAAAUCGACUUAUUGAAACGGGACAAUUAGAUAACUUAACAAAGGAAGUUGUCAAUGAUCUUUUUCAUAUGAUCGAACAAUCGAUUGUUCUCUACACAAGUCGACCCGUUGAUCCUUCCAAAAUCUCUAUGGCACUGAGUACAAAUGACGGACUGAAAUUUCAUCCAAUGAUCCCAUUUGUCCUCUCCGACGUAAAAGACAUCACAUUAUGGGGACAUGGAGCAAUUCCAUACAUCGGUCAAUUCUAUGUCAAUGAUGCGCAAGAAAAACUCAAACAGCAAACGUUUCAACAACAGAUAAAUAUGAAUUUCACGUCGGACUCAGAUGAAUAUAUCAAGCAUUUCGACGAAACACUCGAUGCACUGGAAAAAAGUUAUUCAAAUCUAGAACUGCAUGAUGCAGUUCUCGCACAAACUGAUCGAAUUUUGCAACAAACCGAACAACAGUUUGACGAAUAUAUCAGUGAGUUAGUUCGUGCGAUGGAAGAUUACGUUCUUCCAGCGUAUAAACCAACACAAUCGUUGCCCGACACACGAGGAAGUCGAUUAUACAUCCCGGGUAUAGUGAAAUUCAUUUGUACGCAAGGACAAUACAAUCGAAUCUAUUUGAAUCAAAUCGGCUCGCAAAAACCCGAGUACCGCAUUGCCUUACUUCUCGAUCAAUCGGUUUCAAUGACUGGGCCAACGUACUUCGCAUCAGUUGAUAUUUUACUUUCAAUGUGUGCAGCAUUAAAUCGAAUCGGUAUUGAAGAUUUCAAUGUUUUGACAUUCGGAAGACGAGUCGAAUUAAUUAAAAGUUACAAACAAAAAUACGAUCGUUCAUUCAUACAUCAUCUCACCAAUUCAUUGAAAAUCGAUGGUGAAACAACGCUAUUAUGCGAUGCAAUAUUUGCCGCGACUGAAUUGCUACAACAACAAGCCUCAUACAAUAACAAUCACGGUCCAAUGUUCAUUUUUGCACUUACCGAUGGCUAUGAUAAACGAGGAAGUUUCAUACAGACCGUCAUUGCGUAUGCUGAACAACGCUCGGUCACAGUGAUUGGAAUCGGCGUUGGCCUCGAGGCCACCGGUGUUUCGCUAGCAUUUAACGACUGGAUCAUCGCACAAAAUCCACGUUUACUCUCUGAUGCACUAAUCAAUUGGUCGAAUGAACAAAGUAAUGGAGAAAAACCGUACGAAUCACCUUAUAUAGAUAAGACAACAGACUUUCAAGGAGAAGACGGAAAAAAAUAUUCCACCACAGAUGACGUUUGGAACGAAGAAAUGAAGACACAUUUUGAUGCGAUAACACAAAGUACAAAACGUACGAUUGACUUAACAUUUUCUAACAAUACUCAUAGUUCACCGUUAACAGUGGAGAUUUGUUUCGUUAUGGAUUGUACUGGUUCGAUGGGACGUUGGAUUGCGGCAUGUAAACAACAUAUCAAAGCUAUUGCUGAUGGCAUACAGAAGGAAAUGAAAGAAAAGUAUGACAAAGAUAGUGUUCUACGCAUGGCAUUUGUUGCCUAUCGUGAUUAUGGAGAUUCGAAUCGUUUUGAUGUAAUUGAUUUCCAUCAGACACCGAACCUUGCACCAGUUGAAGCAAAAAUUGCGAGUCAACAAGCCAGUGGUGGUGCAGAUGAAUGUGAAGAUGUUCAAGGUGGUUUUGACAAAGCAUUGAAAUUAAGUUGGACAAAAGACAAAAGUUCACGAGCGGCACAGAUAUUGNACUGGUACAAUAAGGGCGACAGCGGUAGUAGCUACGGUGAAGAUGCACAUUAUCCUGGAGCUGGAGAUACAGUUGAUCCUACUAUUCCGGCGAGUCCACUGUUAAUGGAUGAAAUUGGUUUAGGAGCAAGAGAAGCAGCAAAAAAUAAAGUAGAAACACUCGCAUCAGAGGCAGCUGAAUUAAAUAAAGAAUCAGAAGCACAAGUAUCAAAUAUAAUAAAACAGGAUGAGCUAUUGCUACCAGAAACAAUCACAUGUUUGACAACAGCUGCUAAAAUUAAUAAUAAGAUUCAAGCAACUAUGAAUGCUGUUCAACAAAUGGCAGCCAACAAUAUGAGAAAAGAAAUAGACAAUUUGGCCAAGACAACUUUGCCCAAAGUUAUUCAGACAUCAUUACAAUUAUAUCAAUCGUUGGAAUUCAUUGAUUCAUGUUCAGGUGAUGUCAGUGGUCACAUAAAACGAAGUUGCCAAGAAAUACAAAGAGAUUUAAUACAAGUUUUGGAUAAAUUAAGCGAAUCAGAAUCCUUACGUAAGCUGUGCAAACUAAGCAAGAAGAACGAUCUGGCGGCUGACUACGAUAUACCUGAAGACAGCCACGUUUCGGAGUUGAACUAUCAGGGACAAGGCCAGCAACAGCAAACAAAUUUGGAUAAUAUUAAACAGCUCUUAAAAGGAUUCGAAGAUUCAAAAUUUGAGCAAGGUCAGAUGAUGGGUGACCCGUUACUACAUCAACUGGGUAUUCGGCUCGAUAAUCUUCUAGCAAAUUAUGACACUGACCUAGCCACUGGUCUCGACGAAACGAACAAAGAUGGAGACAACAAAAAAGAUCCUUCUACACCGCUUGUUGAACUUCCAACAACCGCGAAUCGCGAUAUAGUUCUAGAGAUAAACGAUGACGGAAAGACGACCAAAGCUGGAUCAGAAAAUGUAACAACAGUCAAAGAUGGUAAUAAAUUUUCUGGAGUGAUCCGCGUUGAUUUCGGCUCAAGUUCAGAUGGAGGCCCAUCACCAGAGAAAAAACCGACGAAACACGACAGUUCAAAAGUCAGCAUUAGCAAGGAACAAUUGGAGACUUUCCAGAAGCGAUCUGCGGACAUGUGCUCUGCUCUUUUACUAUCAGCCAACAAGUAUGAUAUUGGAACCAUCACUGAACAGUGUGAUCCCGAACAUUUACCAGAAACGGCAUUAGAUAAACCCCGUUAUGCUCUACUUGCUCGCAUUACGCGAAAUAUACAGUUAAUGUUAUUCACGCGGUUGCGCUCGGCAUUGCAAAAACAAUACGGCAAACAACAAACAACACCCAACGAUGAUUUACAAUUCGAAUUCAUUUUCUGUGUGGAUAACAGUGGAAGUAUGAGUGGAAAAAAGAUUCGCGAAGCAUUAAAUACAUUAGUUAUUCUAAUUGAAACAUUUCAUCGUCUCGAAUGGAAAUUCGGCGUUGUUCGAUUCGGUGCGGAACAAAAGAUACUUAAACCCUUGGGACAUGAAUCCAUGUAUAGCACAGUAUCAACGACAAGCUCUACUCAAAGCGUCCAGCAAGCAGCCAUCGCACGGGGACAAUAUAUUCUUGAAUCGUUCACAACCGACGAAAAGACCUUACCAGCAACAGCGUUGAAACAAAUUGCUACGAACAAAGAUCUAUACGGUACUCAAAUUAAACCAAAUGUCAAGCGAUAUAUCGUUAUGAUCACUGAUGGUAUUUCAUCUCAAGAUGAAACUGAUAUGUACACGAAUCAAUUACGCCAGGCCAAUGCUGAUCUCUAUGUGGUUUGUAUUAUCCCCGAAAAGCCGAAGGACGACGACGCAAAAUUUUCCAACGAAUACAAACAAUUUGCCAUUGAACAUGAGAGAAAGGCAAAUGAUUUUAUUCGACGUAUAGCACCUGAACGAAAUCGACUUAUUGAAACGGGACAAUUAGAUAACUUAACAAAAGAAGUUGUCAAUGAUCUUUUUCAUAUGAUCGAACAAUCGAUUGUUCUCUACACAAGUCGACCCGUUGAUCCUUCCAAAAUCUCUAUGGCACUGAGUACAAAUGACGGCAUGAAAUUUCAUCCAAUGAUCCCAUUUGUCCUCUCCGACGUAAAAGACAUCACAUUAUGGGUACAUGGAGCAAUUCCAUACACCGGUCAAUUCUAUGUCAAUGAUGCGCAAGAAAAACUCAAACAGCAAACGUUUCAACAACAGAUAAAUAUGAAUUUCACGUCGGACUCAGAUGAAUAUAUCAAGCAUUUCGACGAAACACUCGAUGCACUGGAAAAAAGUUAUUCAAAUCUAGAACUGCAUGAUGCAGUCCUCGCACUAACAGAUCGAAUUUUGCAACAAACCGAACAACAGUUUGACGAAUAUAUCAGUGAGUUAGUUCGUGCGAUGGAAGAUUACGUUCUUCCAGCGUAUAAACCAACACAGUCGUUACCCGACACACGAGGAAGUCGAUUAUACAUUCCGGGCAUAGUGAAAUUCAUUUGUACUCAAGGACAAUACAAUCGAAUCUAUUUGAAUCAAAUCGGCUCGCAAAAACCCGAGUACCGCAUUGCCUUACUUCUCGAUCAAUCGGUUUCAAUGACUGGGCCAACAUACUUCGCAUCAGUUGAUAUUUUACUUUCGAUGUGUGCAGCAUUGAAUCGAAUCGGUAUUGAAGAUUUCAAUGUUUUGACAUUCGGAAGACGAGUCGAAUUAAUUAAAAGUUACAAGCAAAAAUACGAUCGUUCAUUCAUACAUCAUCUCACCAAUUCAUUGAAAAUCGAUGGUGAAACAACGCUACUAUGCGAUGCAAUAUUCGCCGCAACUGAAUUGCUACAACAACAAGCCUCAUACAAUAAUAAUCACGGUCCAAUGUUCAUUUUUGCACUUACCGAUGGUUAUGAUAAACGAGGAAGUUUCAUACAGACCGUCAUUGCGUAUGCUGAACAACGCUCGGUCACAGUGAUUGGAAUCGGCGUUGGCCUCGAGGCCACCGGUGUUUCGCUAGCGUUUAACGACUGGAUCAUCGCACAAAAUCCACGUUUACUCUCUGAUGCACUAAUCAAUUGGUCGAAUGAACAAAGCAAUGGAGAAAAACCGUACGAAUCACCUUAUAUAGACAAGACAACAGACUUUCAAGGAGAAGACGGAAAAAAAUAUUCCACCACAGAUGAUGUUUGGAACGAAGAAAUGAAGACACAUUUUGAUGCGAUAACACAAAGUGCAAAACGUACGAUUGACUUAACAUUCUCCAACAAUACCCAUAGUUCACCGUUAACAGUGGAGAUUUGUUUCGUUAUGGACUGUACUGGUUCGAUGGGAUGUUGGAUCGCGGCAUGUAAACAACAUAUCAAAGCUAUUGCUGAUGGUAUACAGAAGGAAAUGAAAGAAAAGUAUGACAAAGAUAGUGUUUUACGCAUGGCAUUUGUUGCCUAUCGUGAUUAUGGAGAUUCGAAUCGUUUUGAUGUAAUUGAUUUCCAUCAGACACCGAACCUUGCACCAGUUGAAGCAAAAAUUGCGAGUCAACAAGCCAGUGGUGGUGCGGAUGAAUGUGAAGAUGUUCAAGGUGGUUUUGACAAAGCACUGAAAUUAAGUUGGACAAAAGACAAAAGUUCACGAGCGGCACAGAUAUUGGUUUGGGUUGCAGAUGCACCCGGACAUACGCCGUUUUGCAGCGGUGGUACAGCUGGCGACAGUCACCCAGGUGGAUUACCCGAUGUUCCACGAAUGGAAACUCUGGUGGAAGAAAUCAAAAAUCGCGGAUACUUUCUAUUACUAUCUGACUUUACUGCGAAUGUUCAAGCAAUGUUGCGAAAUAUUGAAGCUAUUUUCCAAAGAGAUGGCAAGCAGAAUCAAGUGAAGCGCGUCAAACUAAACAAUGCCGAUACAUCGACAUUAUUGAAAGAGGUCAUGCAACAAGUCAACACAAUUAUUGCCAGUGAAUUUAUGUAA